AUGAAGUUAUCUCCAACGUCGUCAUUCUUAACAAUAAGUUUGAUAUUAUCAGUUGUUAUUGUAAAGGGAACGAAAAUACUUGGCAUAUCACCAAAUUUAGAAAAACUAUAUGAAAAUAAUAGGGUAAUCUCGACUAAUAAAUGGAAGUGUCUAAAUAAUCCCGAGAUUGAAAUAAAUUGGGAUCAAAUUAAUGAUAAUAUAUGUGAUUGUCCUGAUGGAUCUGAUGAACCUGGUACAUUUGCUUGUAAUUUGGAAUCAUCAUCAUCAUCAUCGUUAUUUUACUGUGAGAAUGAUGGAUUCAUCCCCAGAUUCAUAUCUAAAAGCAAAGUUAUGGAUGGUGUCUGUGAUUGUUGUGAUUGUUCAGAUGAAGCAUUGUUACCGUCAUCAAUUCCAUUAUCUAAGACAAGCAUUUGUCCCGAUUUAAAAGAUGAGUUUGACAAAUUACUAUCUAUUGAAUUAGAAAACUAUAGCAAUAGUAAAGAUAAGUUACUUAAAUUAUUCAAGAAGUAUGACAUGGAUUUUACAAGUUUAGAUCAAACAAAGGAUAUGGGAAAUCAAAAUGGAAAUGAGAAUGGCUUAUUAGAAAAAGAAAAGUUGAUUGCUGAAUUGAACAAAUUGGAAGCGGACUCGAUUAGACAUAACAAUUUAUUAUCACAAGAGAAGGAAAACUAUUUAAACAAGUUACAAUUAAACAAUCCUAUAUUAUAUGAUUUUGAACAAAAGAUUAAUUCCAAAUUAUUAAUUGAGUUGACGAAUUCCACAAUGAUUCAAAUAAUCCAAGUUAGUAGUGCAUUUAACGAUAUAAUGAAAAUUCUUGAUGAGUUAACUUUAUCGUAUUCUAAUUCCAUGAAUGAUCGUGUCGUUAAUAAUAAUGUUGACAAAUAUUUUGAUUUAUCACGUAGCAUCCAAAUGAAUAAAAUCAAUGCGAACCCCGAAAGUGAUGAAGAUUUAAGAGUUCAAUUCCUUAAAUAUUUUGAAGAUGAAUUACCAAAUUUGAUUGAGUUUAAGAAAAUUGAGAAUGAUGUCAAAUAUAAUGUUAAUAAAGCUGCGUUUGUUAAAGGGUUAAUUAGGGGUAAAGCUGAAUAUACUGAAACUUUAUUCAAUUUAAUUAAUCAAUUUUCAGAAAUUAUGAUUGAUAUUACUGAAAAUUAUAAUGUUAAUUUCCAAGAUCAAGGUGUUAAAAUUGCUGUGGAUUCCUUUAAAAAUUAUUUGACUAAAUAUGAAUCUACCUUAGGAUUGAAAAGAAUUGAAAUGCCAAAAAAUUUAGAAGAUGAAUUCGAUAAAUUAAUUAACUUCCUUGAGAAAGCCCUUCCUGUUUUAUUUCACUCCAACAAUGAUGAUGAUGAUGAUAAAAAUAAUGAAGCGAAUGAGUAUUCACAUCUUUUAAACAAUGGUGAUGCGAAUAAUGGCCAAAUUGUCGAUACGUCCGAUUUAUUGUCAUUGAAGAAACAAAUCAAAUCCCAUGAAAAGAAAAUCAUGAAAUUACAAGCGAACACCUUAAAGAAAAAAGAAUUAUUAGCUAAAUUAGAGCAAAGGUUGAUACGCAGUACUAUGCAUGAAGAGAAAGAGAAAGAGAAAGAAAUGAAUGCAAUGGAUCAAACUUUAUUAGAUAUAUUGAACGAUUUAAUGAUUAAGAUAGGAUCCGACAAAAUCAUUGACACUGUAUUAGAUAAUUAUAAGUAUGAAGUGACUAUAAAUCCAAAAUUACCGGGAUCAAUUUUCCAAUCAGAAAUGAAAAAUGAUAAAAAUGUUGUUAAGAUUGGUGAAUUGCAAUCUGUUAAACUAGAUAAAAAACUGAAUUUACAAAAAUAUAUUGAACAUCUUAAGAUUGUUUAUCCAGAAAGUAGUCUGAUAUCGCAUUUGAUGAAUGAGACAACGACGAAGAAGGGAGAUUUAGAAAUAGAUUAUUUGUUUGGAAAUUUACCAGAUAUUAACAAUGGACUUGUCUUAGAGUAUGGGAAUGGUCAGCAAUGUUGGAAUGGUCCAAAAAGAUCAGCAUCUCUUUUUAUUAAAUGUGGUACUGAAUUCGAGUUGCAUAAUGUAUAUGAGGCUACUAAAUGUAGGUAUGUGUUUGAUGCUAGUGGCCCUAUAGGUUGUUAUCCAAAUUUUGAAUACUCACCGUAA